GGGGUGAUGACGCGGGGAUGGGGGCGGCUGCUGCUGAGCUGACAGCGGUGACGAGGCUUCCGGUGGAGUGACCCGGUGAGUGUGACUGUGUGACAGAUCGCGGGUGAGAGGCGGCGGCGGGGAGGAGAUUCAACUUCAGUUGACAUAUGAAAUGGCAGAGAAUGGCACUGAUUGUGAACAGAGGCGCAUUGGAAUGGGUAGAGAACAACACAAUGGGAACUUUACAGAUUCCUCCUUCCUGAGUGAGAAGAAGAGGAGGGAUCGUGAAGAACGACUAAGUAUUGUUCUCUGGAGGAAGCCAUUCAUUACCUUGCAGUAUUUUUCCCUUGAAACCCUGAUAACCUUGAAGGAAUGGAGCUUAAAGUUAUGGCACCGUCGUGGGGUGGUGGGGUCGUUAUUGCUCCUUCUUUCAGUUCUUACAGUAGCGUAUUAUAUUGAAGGAGCACAUCAACAGUAUGUACUUUAUGUUGAGAAGAAAUUUUUAUGGUGUGCCUACUGGGUAGGCUUAGGAGUUCUGUCCUCUGUUGGACUUGGAACAGGUCUUCAUACCUUUCUUCUAUAUUUGGGUCCACACAUAGCUUCCGUGACACUUGCUGCUUAUGAAUGUAACUCUGUAAAUUUUCCUGAACCACCUUAUCCAGACAAGAUUAUAUGUCCAGAUGAAGAUGGGGAAGGCGCAAUUUCAUUAUGGACAAUCAUCUCCAAAGUCAGGUUGGAGGCCUGCAUGUGGGGUGCUGGCACUGCAAUUGGAGAACUGCCCCCAUACUUCAUGGCUAGGGCAGCCCGCCUGUCAGGAGCAGAACCUGAUGAUGAGGAAUAUGAGGAAUUUGAGGAGAUGUUGGAACAUGCUCAGAUAGCACAGGAUUUUGCAUCUAGAGCUAAACUUGCAGUUCAAAAGCUUGUGCAGAAAGUUGGAUUCCUUGGAAUCCUGGCCUGUGCUUCAAUUCCCAAUCCCCUAUUUGAUUUGGCAGGAAUAACAUGUGGACAUUUCCUUGUUCCCUUCUGGACCUUCUUUGGAGCCACUCUGAUUGGAAAAGCAAUAAUUAAAAUGCACAUCCAGAAGCUUUUUGUUAUCAUAACUUUCAGCAAACAUAUUGUGGAGCAGAUGGUGUCCCUAAUCGGGGCUGUUCCUAGUAUCGGACCUUCACUGCAAAAACCAUUCCAGGGAUAUCUGGAAGCUCAGAGGAAGAAACUUCAUCUUAAAACAGAGGGGGGAGCCCCACAGAGUGAAAACUGGUUAUCAUGGGCAUUUGAGAAGCUGGUUAUCGUUAUGGUGUUCUAUUUCAUUCUUUCCAUCAUUAACUCCAUGGCACAGAGCUACGCCAAGCGUGUCCAACAGAAAAAGUUAUCUGUUGAGAAGACAAAAUAAGGGGAAUGCACUCUGGGAAUAACUGGGAGGGUGAUGAAAGACAAACUGCUACUAAGCAGAACCUCAAUUGACCUGAUGAACCGUUAAGUACAAAUUGGCAAAUUAAACUUUGGACAUUUUGAAUUUUUUUUUUUCUUUUUCAAAAUCGUAUUAAAUUAUUUUUUUCUAUUUUUUUUUUUCACAAUAUAAAAAGUUAGUUUAUUUUAUGUGGAUAAGACAUGUCUGUGUGGCAAAGUAAGGUAACGUAUAUACAUUUUCUUUCCUUAUGGUGCGUUUUUCUUUUUCUUUUAGUAGCUCAUAUCGUGUAGCUCUAGCAUAGGAAACGUGCAGCUUUCCAGUUGUUAUGCAGCUAUAAGUACCAACAUGCCAAAGGUUGUUAAGGUAUGCUGGGACUUGCAGUUCCACAUCUGGGGUGCCACAUGUUGCCUAGCUCUGUUCUAGCAUAUUUGAUGGAAAGCAGACAGGGUUGUGCAGAGCAUUACCACAUGGGCUGUACUAAUCUGUUAAGUCUUUGCAAAUAUUUGUGUCUUCUUGAACUGGACGGCUUUGUGUAUUGCUGUUUAUGUCUUUGUGACUUCAGUGAUGGUGAAAGAGAUUAGUGCAUUGCUGUGCAUUGUACUACCAUCCUCACAAGACUGAAUGAGCUGUGGGUUUCUAUAUCAGUUUUAUACUUGGACCAUAUUACAAUUUUCUUUUCCCAUCAUUGGGGGAACACCUCAGAAAGGAGAAUAUAUAUCCUUUAAAUAUAUGACUUAUGUGAGAGACAGGAAGAGCGUUCCUGGAACAGUUAAUCAACUUACAUAGGUAACAGAACUGAAAUUUUAUUACUAAUUCUAAGUGUCUUACAGAAGGAACAGACAAAUAGACCUGAUGGUUUUAACAAAAAUAUAGCAAUAUUGCCUAUCCAGAGUUAUAUAUUUUAUCAAACAGUUAGGAAUUGUAUUCUAUACAGUGUGCUGUUGUUACUGGCACAAGCUGCUCCUUGAUACCAGUGCACACAGUUGGUAACCGUCCAGUUCUUAAAAACUGACUGCAUUUUCUUUUUUGGUCUAUUCUGUACAUAUAGAAUGGAAAGUUGAAACUGAACUUUAUAAAGCCACCUUUGAUCAUUCCAGAA